ACCAAGACUUGGUCACUAUGAAUUUCAAAACUUAUCGACACAGUUGAUAAGAAUUGAAUUCUUUGUUACGUUUCUGUCAGGGCUGGCAUAUAUGGCUUUUCCACAUUUUUUGACUACCUUGUUUUCUCCAAAACCUGAUCUAAUCCAUGUAUAUAUAACUCAACUUGUGGGUGGAUCGACACUUGGUGGUAUUUGGUUAUCUUGGUACUCUACGAGUUUUUACCUAGAAAGAGAUAUAAAAUCAGUUUUACUCUCUCGUGUUUACACAACAAUCAUAAUUUUUGCUGUGAUAACCCAAAGCCACUUCAUGCUAGGAUAUCCUAAACUGGAGAAUAUGUGGUUGUUCUUCACUUGGUUCCUUCCAUUUGUACUUGCAAUUGUUGGUCUCAUUAUGAUAAAUGCACGACGAAGAUACCCAAUAAAGAAAAAGGCAACAUAAAUACUUUGCAAAAGACUUCAUUUGCAACUCCUA